AUGGUUGACGCCGACUAUGCCCUAACCAGUGCCGAUGUCGAUGUCGAUGUCGAGGGCAAAGGUAACGGCAACAGAGUCGCCCUCCCGCCCAUGGACCCGGAAUCCUACAAAUUCCCCGACCACAGACUGAAAAAGGUCAUGUCCGACCCGUCCAAAACCCCGCUCCUCCUUGUGGCCUGCGGCUCCUUCUCGCCGACGACGUACCUGCACCUGCGCAUGUUUGAGAUGGCCGCCGAUUACAUCAAGUUCAGCACGGAUUUUGAGCUGAUUGGCGGAUACCUGUCACCUGUCUCGGAUGCGUAUAAGAAGGCCGGUCUGGCAAGCGCGGUACAUAGAGUUGCCAUGUGUCAACUGGCUGUGGAGAAGACAUCGAAUUGGCUUAUGGUCGAUCCGUGGGAGCCAAUGCAGAAGGAAUAUAUCCCCACAGCAAAGGUGCUAGAUCAUUUCGACCAUUACAUAAACGAAGUACUGGGUGGCAUUGAUACGGGCGACGGCACGCGCAAACCAGUGCAUGUGGCUCUGCUUGCCGGCGCGGAUCUCAUCCAUACGAUGUCUACACCAGGUGUGUGGAGUGAGAAGGAUCUAGAUCAUAUCCUUGGACGAUACGGGACCUUCAUUGUUGAACGCGCCGGCACAGACAUCGACGAAGCAAUAGCCAGCCUGCAGCCCUGGAAAGAAAACAUAUACGUAAUCCAACAAUUAAUCCAAAACGACGUCAGCAGCACAAAGAUCCGCCUCUUCCUCCGGCGCGAGAUGAGCGUCCGCUACCUAAUUCCCAGCCCUGUCAUCAACUACAUUGAGAAACACCACUUGUAUGAAGAUGAAGGGUCAUCGUCUACUACUGCUACUACGGCAAAACGGAAACAGAACAACAACAACUUCGACCCUGGUUCUCACCAAGAUAAGGGGAAGGGAAAGCAAGAGGACAUGACGAUGUCCUAUGAAAAUGAUAGGCCUAGUGGAUGA